GCCCAGAACACUAGGGUCGGGGCAGCGCGGCCGCCGCGACCGCCGGGAGCGCGCGGGCACGAAGACGCGCAGCGACAGAGGCCGGGGGAGCCGGGGCGGUCGCCAUGGGGCUGGAGGCGGCGCGCGAGCUGGACUGCGCGGCGCUGGGCGCGCUGCUGCGGGAGCCGCGGGAGGCCGAGCGCACGCUGCUGCUCGACUGCCGCCCCUUCCUGGCCUUCUGCCGCCGCCACGUGCGCCACGCGCGGCCCGUGCCCUGGAACGCGCUGCUGCGGCGCCGCGCGCGGGGCCCCCCCGCCGCCGCCCUCGCCUGCCUGCUGCCCGACCGCGCGCUCCGGGCGCGCCUGGCCCGCGGGGAGCUGGCCCGGGCCGUGGUGCUGGACGAGGGCAGUGCCUCGGUGGCCGCGCUCCCGCCCGACGGCCCCGCGCACGCGCUGCUCGCCGCGCUGCUGCCGGAGACCCGCGCCGGGCCCACGGCCGUGUGCUUCCUGCGAGGCGGCUUCGACGGCUUCCAGGCCUGCUGUCCCGACCUGUGCUCGGAGUCCCCCGCCCCCGCCAUGUCGUCUGCCGGGGUCGAGAACAGCCGCUCCGACGACGCCCGGGCUCCGUCCUACGACCAGGGCGGCCCUGUGGAGAUCUUACCCUACCUGUUCCUGGGCAGCUGCAGCCACUCCUCGGACCUGCAAGGGCUGCAGGCAUGUGGCAUCACGGCGGUCCUCAACGUCUCCGCCAGCUGUCCCAACCACUUUGAGGGCCUUUUCCGCUACAAGAGCAUCCCGGUGGAGGACAACCAGAUGGUGGAGAUCAGUGCCUGGUUCCAGGAGGCCAUAAGCUUCAUUGACUCCGUGAAGAACAGUGGAGGUCGGGUACUGGUACACUGCCAGGCAGGCAUCUCACGCUCUGCCACCAUCUGCCUGGCUUACCUGAUACAGAGCCGCCGCGUGAGGCUGGACGAGGCCUUUGACUUUGUCAAGCAACGCCGGGGAGUCAUCUCCCCCAACUUCAGUUUCAUGGGGCAGCUACUACAGUUUGAGACUCAGGUGCUGUGUCACUGAGGCAGGGCCCCACCAUGCCAGCUCCAGUUCAGGGAAAGCUGCCCUCCCCCGUCCCCCUGAAAUUUGAAAAGCCCCCAAGUGGUGGUGCUGGGAAUGCAGGAACUCUGGACUUACUCACCUGGUGCUCUUCUGCUGGGUUUGAGGGCUGGCCCUUAUUCUGGGGACCAGAAUGGAGGGCAUGUCUGCUUCCCCUCCCCCCCCUCUUCUGGCGGAAACUAACUGGACUCUACACCCAUGGAUUCCCACUGGUCCCAGGACCAUGUUGAGGCCCUUGGCAGCCUGAGAGCUCCAAGGAACAAGCUGUGACAACCAGGAGCCCUGUCUGGGGGGUGGUCCACUACAGGCCCGGAGCCUGAGCCUUGUACUCCUGGGGAGCUGGGCAUCAGGGAAGUGAUGUGUCUGUUACGUCCGGACCUCUUGCUUGUGUGCGUGCACAUGUGUAUGUGUGUGAGCAUUUCACGCCUGUAUUGGUGCUGGAAAUUUUUUUGUGUUCAGCUGACAUUUAACACUCCCUCCCCCACUUCCUCCCAGCCCUGUGGGCGGGGUUGGAAACUUAGCACUUUAUAUUUAUACGGAACAUUGAGGAUGUGUCAAUAAAGUAUUGUUUUGUUUAAAAAACAAUUUCUCAAGCAUCUGGU